AUGUUUCCAGAUCCUAAUUGGAAAAGGCCUCCUGAUCGUAAAAGGAAGUCCUGGACGGAGGUGGUGAAGGAAGGUCUGAGGAUACUUGGCGUUGACAGGCAGUUCAGUCGAGACGUGAAAUUCCGCCGCUUGUGGAAUAACGACGGAUGGGUGGAUUCUAUGCGAACUCUAGCUGAAGAUCGAGGAGGUUGGGCAAAGCUAUGUCCAAGGUCGGCACACUUUGGCGAGGUUGCGGGUAAUCGAGUCAGGCGAUGA